GCCACUCUAUCUGUGGGCACGUUUUGCGGCUGCAGCUGUUGCUUAAACAAAAAAUGGAACAAACAAAUGGAUUUUACGAUUUCUGUAUUCCAUACAACAAAGAUGACAAGAUAUUGCGUGACAUACUCAAUGAAUCGGUCGAACUCGGUUACAAGACGAUAGCAAUUGACCAGAGCUUCGAUCACAGCAAAAAGGAGCCCGGUAAACGUGGCUCCGAAAUGUUUCCCGAGCCACACAACAUAGACAAUAUACGCAAGGAGUUUGCCAACAAGUUAAAGAUAUUGCAGAGAAUAACUAUAUUAUAUGUGGAUGCAAAUGUGUCACACGCAAUGAGCGUUUCGUUGAAUCUGCGCAAGUUUAAUCUAAUCGCUGGACAACCCAAAACGGAAUCAGCCUUAACGCACUGCUGCACGUCCUUUAAUGGUGAUAUCAUUACCUUUGAUCCAACUGCCGGCUCCCGGCUGCUUGUCCAGCGUAAGCCUUAUCUGAUUGCGGUGCGAAGAGGCAUGUUCUUCGAGCUAAAGUAUGCACCGGCUAUAGCAGACUCAAAUAAUCGCAAGGAUAUGAUUAAGGUGGCACAGAACUAUUGCACCAAAGGCAAAUCGAAAAAUAUCAUCUUCAGUAGCGGUGCAUUGCAUGAAUUUCAAUUACGCGGACCGUACGAUGUGGCGAAUUUGUCCUACAUAUUUGGACUCUCCGAAAAUCAGGGCAAAAAUACAAUCGAUCGGUUUUGUCGGCAACUUUUUUUACGCGCCGAAUCACGCCGUUUGGGCAAAACAAUCAUGUUUGUUAAAAGUAUAGGACCAAUUGUAUUUUCCGACAGUUCCGAUGAGAGCGACGAGGAAUUGGCUGAUGAAAUGGAUACUUUAGUCAAGGAAACAGUAUGCGAGGAAGAACCAGAAGGAAGAGAAAGUAGUCAAGCAAAUAAAAGACUGAAAGUAGCAUAAA